AUGACCAUCAUCAUCCAACGGCUUCACUUUCAUCCGCGCCUACUUGGUCGCGCGAGAAAGACCCAUGGUCCUCUCUCUUCGUCGCGCGGCUACUCGGAGAUGACAAAGAUGGAUUCUUCACCUAUCAAGUUGGACAACAGCGGCAAUGGCCCCUUGCGAGUCCCUGGUUCCAGUGGUGUACCCCUGUACUAUGAGCACUCAAAAGGCAAUCGCUUUGCUCAUGGAAUUGCCGAUUGGAGACAAAUCCCCCAGUUGUUUCUCCGAGAGGUCUCCAUGCUCGAGUUGAUGUCGUUUGUCACGGACCAGCCAGGCUGGGAUAAGAAGUCUACAGACGCGCAGACACUGGAAGACUGGCAUCAGCACGCCGUUUCGCUCUUCGAUCUCGACGAACCCUCAUGGCAGUGGUGUGUAAAGGAGCUGCGAUACAAAGCGUCUGAUUUCCAACGCACGGGCUAUGUUGCCGCGUUUGAUGCAGACUCACGAGUUAUUAAGACUCUAGUUCAUGACGACCUCCUUGACGAGCUUCGCCAAUCCUUGUCGCCACUCUUUUCGGAAUCAAGAUCUGUGUCGUCUCUUAGCUCGGGUGAUUCUCCUGAACCUGAAUUCGAGGGUCCCGUUCGACAUGUGGUUGACCCCUUCAUGUAUCCUCUUGUCUAUGGGCGCACUCGCGUCCUUACCGACGGGAGCAGAGUUGAUCUGGACAGACCUGAGUCCUGGAGAUGGUCACAGUCCCGGAUUGCCCCGAUUCCCGAUCUACGACCCGACAGAUACGAAAUGCAUCCCGAAGAGAGGGAAAAAAAGACCGAGGGGAUACCCGGUCGGACACCAAUGCGAAUCAGAACUUAUGACUUUCAAGUGGAAGGUAUCGAUCAUUACCCCAAGUUAUAUUAUGACCUGUACCACGUGAGACAAAGACGAAAACCACCCUUCACAGAAGAAUGGCCUGUCAUUCAAUCCCGAGUAAGAGAUUACCUUGCUCUCCCCGAACCCGAGAAGCGGCAUCGCAUAAUCCCUGGCACUAGGAGCCAUGAUCUUCUCGCUGGUAUGCAGCCAUGGCAAUGGGAUUCUCUUGAAGCACUGGAAGAAUUGAUCAUCGAAAAAAAUGACCGGCUGUACGCCGUGAAAGGCGUUGAGCCGGGGAUCUCCUUCACAUACGAGGAAUGGAAGACUGGUAAAACCACAGGCCGCGCGAUCAUGCCCAAAUUGAGUGAACCGGAUUACCCUGAAUAUCUCCCAAGUCCCGAUCCAGAUCACCAAUACUACACCAUAGCACUCCAAGAUCAAUUUGAGGGUCUGCAGGUCAUAGUACGAGUGUCAACUGUUGAGCUCACCCCGGAAAGGCCUUUGUAUGGUGGUGAUGCCCAUCACAACAUUGCUGGUAUCCUCAAUGAGCAUAUCGUUGCUACGGCCAUAUGCUACUUCGAUAUGCACAACAUCAAAGAUGCAAAAAUUUCAUUCCGACAAGAGACGAAGAUUGAUGGCAAUGAUUACAACGUUGAUGAGUUUAUGGCUUUGAAUCAAGUGUUUGAUCUUCCCGAGUCCGACUGUGAUGGUCCUUUCCCGCCGGCUCCACAGACCUUAGGAUCCAUCCCGAUUUCACGGAUUGGGCAGUUUCUUACUUGGCCCAAUACACUACGGUCUAAGGCCGAGCCUUUCGGUCUCGCAGAUCCAUCGCAGCCAGGGCACCUUCGGUUUGCGACUUUGUGGUUGGUAGACCCGCAUUAUCGAGUUUGCUCAACUCUGAAUGUACCUCCCCAGGACCUCGGCUGGGUCGAGAUAUCAGAAUCCAUGGAGAAUGCAGGGAAGGACGACUCAAUGACAUUUGCGCAGGCGGUUGAGAUUCGAAACCAGAUGAGGCACGAGAGGGACAAAAUAAGCAUGCAUUUUCUUUUACAUGCACAUAAGCUGCACAACUAUUCGUGGGAUCUAUGGAGGCCCUGCGGCCGCGGACACAACAAGUAG